AUGCCAGACCCUUCUCAUGUAUUAGAAUAUCAACCUGUGGAGUUAGAAGAAGAUUUAUCGUAUGAAGAGCAACCCAGUACAGAUCUGGAUAGGAAAGAACAAAGGUUGCGUUCUAGAUCUAUCCCGGUAGUGAAAGUUCUGUGGAGAAGUCAAACUGUUGAAGAAGCUACUUGGGAACCCGAGGAGCAAAUGCGGGCCAAGUACCCUUAUCUCUUCCAUUGA